CUAUACAAUUUCCAGUUUCUAGUAAGUACAGUAAAAGUGUUAAACAAAGAGUCAAAGAGCAAAACAAAAUGUAUAAAUUUGUUCAACAAUUGAGAGUGAAAGUUUGAAGACUGAUGAAGAAAUCAAAAAUGGAAGACAAUGAAAAUGAUGAAAGCCAAAUACAUCUGCCUGAUGAUCUCAUCGUUCAUUACAUCCUUCCAUGGCAGCCCAUCAAACCCUUAGCUCAAUACAAGCUUCUUUCCAAACAAUGGUAUUUUUCUCUUUCUUCUCCCAAUUUCAUCCUUAAUUACACCAAUUUACCCCUUUAUUCUCACCCAAUUCCCCCAAUUAAAUCCUUGUUUAUCCAAUCUGGGAACUCUUUUUACCUUUAUUCUUGUGAUAAUCUUGAUGAUAAUGUUGUUGAAGUUGAUAGAAAUACUGAGGAUUAUUUGAUUAAGUUGAAUGACUAUGACUUUGAUGUUGGAAAUGAUGUGGUUAAUUUAGUAGGAUCAUGUAAUGGGUUGGUUUGUUUAGGUGAAAUUUAUGGUAAUUACUUCAUUUUAUGGAACCCUAGUGCUAAUCAAUCCCAUAAAUAUUUCUCUGAAGUUUUGGACACUUCUAGUUGUGAUUGGCCUCCUCACAUUCGUUGGGGAUUUGGGUAUGUUUCGUCAAUGGAUGACUAUAAGGUUGUGAGAUUAAUUCAGUACCAGAUUGGAUUGCUCGUUGAUACAUUUGUUCAUGUGUUCUCACUAAGAGCUAACACAUGGAAAAAGAUUGAAUUUGAUCUUGUUGAUUGCUCGUAUGUUUUAAUAGAACGACCGCGGUUGGUUAAUGAGACAUUGUAUUGGACUGCUAGUCGUAAUCCCUAUGGGAACAUGAAAAUUGUUGCCUUUGAUAUCGCUAGUGAGACGUUUGAUAUGUUCCCACAUUUGGCUAUGCUUUCGCCGUUGGGUGUUGUGUUAUGUGUUAUGGGAGGGUGCUUGUCUAAGUGUGUUGUUAGAUAUCAAAAUGAGUGGGUGAUAGACAUUGUGAGAGGUCCUGGAAGGGUAUAUCCUCUUCAUCUGAAUUGUGACUUGGGACGGUUUGAUGACUUGAUUGGAUUCACAAUGAGCAAUAAGGUUCUUGUAGCUUAUACUAGUCCCAACAUGCUGGGCUUGGUUGAUCUAAGCUUGGUUGGUUUAAGUUCAAAAGAAUCACUUGUGAAGUUUAGAUAUGAAGGGAGAACUCGAAUUGAGAGUUAUGUUACAAGUCAAAUUUCUCCUCAUCCUUAGGUGGCAUGAAUUCUUCUUGAUAGAAGAUUGUUUGAGCCAAUAUGAGAAACUCAACGAGUUAUGCUAUCUUUAUCCUUAGACAGGGAAGUUUUAACUGGUAUAAUAUCAUCAACCUGUGUGAUUAUUUUUUGGUAUCCUAUGAUCCAUGAAAAUGUUGUCGAUCCUUUGACUUGUAAUAUUUACAUAUAACUUUGAUGGUUAGAACCACCUCUUUGUUUUGGCUCAUGUUACUUUUUCUAUGCAGUUUAUUUAUGCCACUCAACGGUACUCUUUAAUCACUAAGGGGAUGUAAUAACUGUUGAUGUAGAAUCCUUACUAAUUUACUAAUGAUUUUAGGGUAUUUGAAUUUCUGUGGUAUUUCAUGUGUAUCCUUCUUCUAUGAUCUUAACUAGAGCACCUAAUCUAGGCUGUUUUAAUUUACAUGGCAUUUCAUGACUUUAUAAAAAGUUUUUUUUUAUAGGUUAUAUGCUUGUGAGCUCAGAUUCUAAGCUUGCAAUUUACUCUUGCUUCACUUAGUGUCAACCAAACAACAGUAUAUCAUGUUCCUAGAAAGUUCACUAGGGAAUUUAACU